CCCCGACCGGCCUCUAUCAUAACCUUGAAUUCCAAUGAAGAAAAUUGAUCCCAUCCUUCACUUUAUUACUUACUUAGCUAUUGGAAGCAUCAUAUUUUCUCUGGUACAUGAAAUUGGCCGUGGAAAUUAAUUAAAAGAACUGAAUGAAGUUCCCUUUCCUGUCCAAAAGCUCCGUCCGGUGGCGGCCAUGUCCGAGCUGCGCCAUGAGCGGCCGUGUAAAGACCUUAUCUUUCCGGGAAGAUAAGGCGGACGUCGUCAAGAUUCUCAAUUCAGCAUAUCGGGUUGAGGUCGAUGACGAUUCUUGCUCGAUCGUCUUCAGUGAUAAUGAUGACCGGUACCGGUGCCCACCAACGGUAAUGAAGGCGGCGGCGGCGGUUUCCACCGGAUUCCCGCCGGAGGUCUUUGAUGGAGACGAUGACGGCGGCGGGGAUGAGGAGAUGAUCAAAGGGUUGUUGAGAUCGGAGAGGCUGUUCUUCAAUCCGGAAGAAACGACGAGCUCCAUUCUCGCCGGCGGCGACUAUUCCGAUUCAUCAAGAAAUCACACGACUGAGGAUCCGCUGGAGGAAAGCGUGGCAAUGGCGAUGCAAUCGGUGGACCCGUUCGAGGAUUUCAAGAGAUCAAUGGAGGAGAUGGUGGAAGCUCAUCAUCAUCAUCACAGUAAUGGCGCCGGCGGCGGGGUCAAUGAUGAUUGGGCGUUUCUUGAGGAGCUUCUGGUUUCGUAUUUGAGGAUUAACGGGAAAAGCACCCACGGUUAUAUUGUCGCCGCCUUCGUUGACUUGCUGGUCGGGCUUUCUUUGGACGAAGUUGCCGGCGGUCGCGGCGGCGGCCGCGGCAGCUGCUCGUCUUCAACGUCUUUCAACUACCCUGAGCAGUGUUGUUUGAUGUCAUCAACUUCUUUUGCGUCUCGUUUGUCUUCUAUUAGUUUCUCAACCACUUGUCUUUCAACUUCAUCUUUUUCACUUGUAGGCUAGAUUCAAUUUCAUUAUUAUGUACUUAAUUUUUAUUGAAGUAUUAUUAUUAUGUACUUAAUUAGUAUAUUGGUAUAGUGAUUAACUGAUUA